AUGUUUUUGUACAGUAGCAAACUUAUAGACUUGAAUAAGUUUAUUCCCAAUACUACUACUACUACUACUACUACUACUACUACUACUACUACUACUACUACUACUACUACUACUACUACUACUACUACUACUACUACUACUACUACUACUACUACUACUACUACUACUACUACUACUACUACUACUACUACUACUACUACUACUACUACUACUACUACUACUACUACUACUACUACUACUACUACUACUAACAUUACUUAUCAACUUUAUGGUAAAACUCAUGGAUUAUCACAUUAUUCUUUAUUAAAUGGAUCAUUAAUUAAUCCAUCUCUAUUACCUUCAUUUCCAAUAUGUGAUGAUCAAAAAGCAAUUCAUUUAUUGAAUAAUUUAAAUAGUAUAUUCACGGAUCAAUAUAGUGAACAUACUACUGAUAGAUUGAAUACAUUGAAAAGUAUAGAAAGUAAUUCAUGUAUGACAAUUUCAAAACCUACUAAUGUAAUGGAUACAAAUCAUGGUAACUAUAGUUACAAUUGUGAACAACAACACCACCACCACCAUCACCAACAACAACACCACCACCAACAACAACAAUUAAUAUUAAAUAAAACAAAUUCAUUAGAAUUAAACAAACCAACAUUUAUGCUUUCACGUUUAUUAGAUAAAAUAAGUAAUAAUAUAGAGAAUAAUGAUUCAAUUAGAGAAGUGAUGACAACAUCCACAUCAACUAGGAAUAAUACCAUUGAUACAUUGAUUUAAUUCAUUGAAAACAAA